UAAAUGAAGGCCAAAAAGCUAAUUUUAGUUUUCAUGAAUUUUUACAGUAUAUCCAUUUUUACUUUGUGUUUUGGGUAACUAGUGGAAACCGUUUACCACCCAAUCAGAAAACAUUUGCAUUUUAAAAUGUCGAUUACUUUCUGGUUGGCACCCGGCACCUUUUUUUAUUUCUGUUCUCAUGAUGAAGGUUUAUCAGUGAGUGGCUAACCUCGAAAUUUGGAAAAAGUACUGCUACAAGCUAGCAAUGCGAGUAACUAUUUUCAGAGGUCAAGGGAGACAGUAUUGUUGCCAGCUCGACUGACUACCACACAGCUAGCUAGCGCGCUCGUUACUGCCUAAUGGGAACCCAAGAAGAUGAGAGAGAUUGGGUGGACGUGGCGAAUGAUAUCCUUAGCAAAUGUCACUUUAACCUGAGACUGAGAAAGGUGACGGACUGUAAUGCCAAUGUUUUUGUCGCCCUGUAUGAGGCCAUCUUGGGAGAGAAAGUCCCAGACUACAUCGCCGCCCUGGGCAGUCAGGAGGAUGAUGUCCACAACGUCCAGUCUGUGAUCGACUCUCUGGCUCUGGACUACCUUCAGAUCAGCCUUUCACACAUCACAGGCGAGAACAUUGUACGAGGGGACAAGGAGUCCAUCAAGAACCUGCUGGAGAUCUUUGACGGGCUGCUUGAGUAUCUCACCGAGCAGAUCAGCGAAGAGGAGUCACAAAAUGGAGACAAGGAACCAAACAGUGUUCCUGUGGAGGAUGCCCCCCGCCCUACAGGGCCAGUGGUCCCCCAGACAGAGGAACAGAGGUCCCUAAUGGAGAGAGCCUCCCAGUAUUCUAGUGUGCACUCUGCCGUCCAGUCUAGCAGCAAACAUUCCCUCCACUCUUGGAAUGCGGAGGAGACAGGCUCGACCAAUGAGCUUAUCCUCCUGGGAGACUCCGCCCGCACGUUCACGGCCAAACAAGAAGAAGCCUCUUCCCAAGCCCCGGGCCCCAGCACCACGGGUGAUCCGGGAACGCCAGGCACCCAGGCCACUCUACUGAGGGAGCCCCUGUGCUCAGCCAUCCCCCUGCAGCCCCCAUACCAGACUACCCCCCACAGGCCCGACAGAGCUCCCCGCUCGGGUAGCCAGUCUCCCCCAGCCAACGGUCUCGACAGCGGGGCCGCAGUGGAGCAGGAGGCACCUGCUUGGACCUCGCAGUCCCCAAGGCCAGUGGCUGACACAGUUACCAAUGGAGUGCGCUCGCCAGCCUUCAACCACUCACCCGUGGAGAGUGAGAAGUCUGUGUCCAAUCAAACCAAGGCCAGGCUAGAGGAGGCCAAGGAGCUGCAGGAACCUACCAGUGUGGGUCCCAGGAGGGUUCUAUUCCAGACACAGCCAGACAUUCAUUUCCUCACCCUGCAGGAUGAGCUGGAGGACAGGGCACCACUGGACACUGAGGAAGAUGAGGAGGAAGAGACCUUCACGCAGCAGGACAGCUGGGCUCACAGGGAGCGGACGGGGCUCAGCAGUAGCAGGGUACUAGAGGAGGAUUGUGAGGAGCCUCUCUCCUGGCGUAGACAGAGAAACAGGAAGGCAGAACAGGAGCUGCACCACAUGUCUGAGAAGCUGUCCCGACGACUAGAGGAGCUGGACCUGAUGUUAAAUAGAGCGCUAGGAGAGAGCAGAGAGCCCGACGAGGUCAAGGAGGAGGACAAACAGUCUCACCACAGUGACAGUAUCAUGGAGUGUCGCAGGCCCCCAAGGAGACCAACAGGUACGCCGCGAGCACCCACACCCCCCCUGUACCCGCUCCCUGUCCCCCUCCCCUCCCCGGGCCCGCCGCUCCCUUUCAGGUCAGCUAGAGGGCGCCGUGAGAGAGGCGGUGAGUGGAGGGGUCACACAGAGACACACCGUCGGCCGUACGCGCCGACGACAACUCCGCCGUCUACAGCCCCAUCACAAACACUGCCAGGUCAGAGGGAAUUGCCACAUCAUCACAUUGACCAACGCACAUUCAGUAUAAAGAUGGUCACCUUUUUAAAAGACACAACCUAUGAGGAGGAGCUGAAAGUGUACGAGGAUAGAGAACGGGCUGCUAUGGCCAUGGAACGAACCAGAGCACAGGAGGCGGAGAGGGAGUACAGAGAGGCCAUACUGAGAGAUGUUCCCCGAACCCCCAAACCGUCCCAAGUGUACACCACAGCAGCCCGACACCGCUCCCCCAGGACCAGACAACCGACUCCGGGCCGCAGGCGACAGGACAAAACCAGGAGAGCCCCACCAAUGAAGGUGAAGGACAACGACCUGCUCCCCCUGCUCCUGGAGGAGUUCCCCCACCUGCACCUCUCGCCCCACGCCCUGGGCAGGAUGUGGCAGCAGCAGCUGGGCCAGGUGGACCGCCUCAACGCCUCCCUCUCCCUGGACAACCAGAGGCAGGGCCCACGCACUAAACUCACCAGCCAGGUGGAAGAGGCUCAGAGGAGACACAACCUGCUGGGGGAGAUCAUCCGCAAAGAGCAAGAACACAACAGACGCCUGAGGGAUUUUAAGGAGCGUAUCCAGCAACAGAAGUCGACUCAGAACCGUCUGAAGGAGCAGAGGCAGCAGAUCGCCCGGGCCAAGAAGUACCACGGUGACUACCACGUCCAGCUCCGAGCACGCAUGACGAGGGCCCGCACGAAAGAGGAGAGGAUGUUUAAGCAGGCGUUUGAGGAGGGCUUGGAGGUGCAGAAGGCUCGUCUCCGAGAGCAGAGGGCCUACGCCAAGGAGCAGCGCCAGGAGCACCAGAAAAAACACAGAGACCAGAUCCAAUCUAUGGAGAACUAUUACAAGGACCAGUUUUCAUUAUUGGCCGACACUCUCGCUACAGAGAGACAGGAUAUCCAAGUACGGAAGAAGGCCCAAGAAAAGGCCCUUCAGAAGAUGAAGCUGGAGCUGCGCUCCAAGAUGGAGAGGGAGAUAGGCGAGCUGCAGAAGAUUAUCGUCCAGAACGACGACGACGACUACUUCCACGACCUGGAGGUCCAAAGGUUACGGGGUCGCGUGCAAAUGGCUUCCUUCCAGUACAACACCAGCUGUCUGCACUGACCCCGCUAACGAGUUAGCAAUCUAUAGCUACCUGCCGCUAGCUUUCCUUCGGCUGCUGAAAACAAACUCUAAAGUCCCUAAAAACCCACGGAUCGGAGUCCUACUCUUCGAUUUGUUUUAAAUACUUGAUUAUUUAAGAAUGCUAAAAAAAAUGGCUCCCUCACUGUGCAUUUUGUGUGCUGUCGUUUUGAUUUUGUCAUGUGGUAAAGAUGUGUAGUCCAGUGAAUUGUCUUUCACAACCAAACGGGACCAUUGUGAAAAUUGGAUGCAACUCAGGACAAGAUUCUUUGAUUCCAUCUCUUCCUUUUAAUGGUAUGCAGGAUUUGUCUCCCGUAGCGUUUUUAACAAUGUCGAAUUGUUUAUUUGAUUGUACUGUGAAUGACCUAUUAGUCUGGUUUUUAGGUUAUGGAACUAACCCGCUACGCUGUUCCAACACCAGAGAGCGUUGAUAAUCAGAAUUCUGUAAAGGUUCCCUUUGCCAGUAAACUACUGUACUAACAAACAAAUCAAUGGUUAAAAAGACAUCCUUAGUGUACAAGGCCAGGUACCAUGAGAAUAGGGUGUAUGGGGCCGAUUUCAUAAUCAGGAAAUGUAUGCCUUUCCUAUGCACACGGAAUACGUUUGAAUAAACCCCAAACAGCGCACACCCACUGGGUGUCCUACCAAUUUGUGAUCAGGGAGGUUUUAUUUCUAUUUAAAU